GGGUCAAGGUGCACAAAUUAGCUCCGCCCACAAUAGUAUCCGGAGUACGUGGGUGUAGCAGUCACGUGUAUAAAUUACGGAUAGUAUCCGGAGUGGGGUGAUCGAUCGCGAGCGAUCGCGAGGAGCGAUUGAAGCCAAAGCCACAGGCAAAGAGAAAGAGAGAGGAGAAAGAGAGAAGAAAAAACAACAGCGUAUGCUCUCCGAGAAGGUUAAGAAAGACCAGAAACACCAGUGGGAAAGGCAGAACAACUCAGAAUGUCUCCCUGCAGCAGAGGACUCGCGGUUUUGGUUUUCCUAGUCGUUCUUUCGCAGAGCCACUCGGCUGACAUCAUUCACGAGAAGGGACUGUGCAUCUGGAAGGGGCAGUGUGCACCUGGCGACUGCCCAAGGGCAAAUGACGACGGCUUCUACAACAUUUUCAAUAACACUGAGGCGUAUGAAGUGACCAAAAACGAAGAUCCUGAUUGGUAUGGCCUUAUCACCGAACUAUGCCCCCUUUAUGCUCACAAAGACAAUGAUACUGCUGAAGUCUGCUGCACGGCCACCCAACUCAGCACACUCAAGAGGAACAUCGGGAAGGCCCAGUCCCUCAUAAAUCGCUGUCCCGCUUGCCUCUCAAAUUUCAUCCAGCACUACUGCGUCAUAACGUGCGACCCCGACAGUUCGCUCUUUAUGGACGCGACGACCCUGGUUUCCAGUGCCAACGUCACUUAUGUCAAAGACAUCACAGUCUAUAUCACCGAUCACUACGCAAACGACUUGUACGACUCGUGCGCAAACGUCAAAUUUGCCGGAGGAGGUGCUGGCGUUAUGAGCCUUCUGUGCGGAAGUGCAAAUUGCAACGCGGCGAAGUUCCUCUCGUUCCAAGGAGACCCAACCCAGAAUGGGGAGUCGCCCUUUCUCAUCAAAUACAACAUAACCAACAGUACGAAACCGUAUCCGAACAACAUCACCCACGAAAACGACACGGGUAUUCGUCGAUUCUACCGCUGCGACCAGAACGUUACCGGAGGCUACGGAGGUGUCGGGGUGUGCAGCUGCUCGGACUGCCCGAGCACGUGCCCAGCUCCGCCCAAAUUCAACGUCACACACCUCCCUUUCAGAGUGAUAGCCUGGGGGGUCGGAGCAACCGGACUCUUCAUCAGUACCGUGAUUUUCAUCGCCGCACUCUCGACGUCGGUGUAUUUCGGGUUUUUCCGCAAGAAGAAAUCGGGGUACGAGCGAAUAUCGGGCGCUGGUAGCCCGCCUCCGUCGAGACAGACGUACGGGGCCGCGGGGAAAGACAUUGACAACAGAGAAUCGUCGAAUAAUUCCAGUCUCAACUCCGACAGAGAAGACGAGCGGGUGGACGGUGAUGGAGGAGGAGGAGGAGGGGGCCCUUGCCUGCUGUUGCCAGGGACCCUCUCGUUUGGUCUGUUUUUCUUCACCGUGACAACGGACCCCGUGGAGCUAUGGUCCGCCCCCAACAGCCGAGCGAGACUCGAAAAGAACUACUUUGACGAGAAUUUCGGGCCGUUCUUCCGCACGGAGCAGAUCCUGGUGAAGGCGAAGCCGUUUGUUCAGGAAUUCAACGUCACUGUCCCUCAACAAGCUGUACAAUGGACCUUUGGAGCCGUUUACAAUGAUUCUCUUCUGCGCGAGGUGUACCACAUUCAGAACCACCUGGCCACAAUGGAAGUGGAGUACAAUGAUGGGUCGGGGAACAAGCCGAACAUCACACUGCAAGACAUCUGCUUCUCGCCGCUCGCUCCUCAGAACAGAAACUGCACCAUCGAAAGUGUUCUCAACUACUUCCAGAACAACGUGACGUUCAUCGACUAUAAUAAUCCAGUAGACUUUUUCUAUCAUUAUCCACUGCAUUUCCACUACUGCACCAGAUUUCCUUUCUCGCAGAAUGAUUCUCAGUUUCAUUUCAACAUCCCCUGUGUUGGAGAGUACGGUGGAGAUAUUGACCCCAAAGUCGCCCUCGGAGGCUUUCCAGAAUCUGAGAGUGGUUAUAACUAUGACCUGGCAACGCUGCUCGUGGUGACGUUUGUCGUCAAUAACCACGUGCGGGACGAGGACAACAAGAAGGCGAUGGCCUGGGAACAGGCCAUGCUGGAUUAUCUCCACGACUACAAGAAACAUCACACCAAAUACAUCGACAUUGAAUAUAUGACAGAGCGCUCUAUUAUUGACGAGAUAAAUCGUGAGAGCGAAACUGACGUCAUAACCAUCAUAAUCAGCUAUCUGCUCAUGUUCGUUUACAUCACCAUCUUCCUCGGCCACGUGCGGAGCGUCAAAACCAUCUGCGUUGAUUCAAAGCUAGGUGUCGGUCUAGUUGGAGUUCUACUGGUGCUCGUAGCCGUGACAUCAUCGCUAGGGAUGUACAGCUAUCUCGGGAUCGAAUCAUCUCUCAUCAUUCUGGAGGUCGUGCCGUUUUUGGUUCUGGCAGUUGGUGUUGACAAUCUCUUUAUAUUGGUCCACUCUUACGAGACGACUGCAUUCCUCCUCGGUGCCGUCUCGGUCAUGCCGGCCGUCCGCACCUUCUCCCUCGCCGCGGGGACGGCUGUGUUCUUCAAUCUCCUCCUCCAGCUGUCGGUUUUUGUGGCAGUCAUGGCUCUGGACGCCAUGAGGCAGCUGCGAAACCGUGUCGAUCUGCUACUCUGCUUCCAACUUGGCGGAAAAUUCGACCCUCGUGUCGGCAUUGAUUUCGUCGCAAAAUUCAUGACGUACUUCUCCAAAUUUGUCCUCUAUCCCCUCGUCCGCCCGUUUGUUCUCCUGUUUUUCUGUCUGACUCUGACGAUGUCCGUCAUCCUCAUGUUCAAGCUGCAGAUCGGACUCAACCAGAACCUAGCUCUCCCCAAGGAUUCGUACCUCAUUCCCUAUUUCAACGAACUAUUUGCCAACCUCCACACCGGGUCGCCUGUCUACUUCGUGAUACGAGAGGGCGUCAAUUUCACGAACGAGACGAACCAGAACUUCAUCUGCUCCAGUUCGGGCUGCAGCGACCACAGCCUUGGGAACCAGAUCGCCAUUUAUGCCAGAAGCCCUAGAGAUUCUGGAAUCGCCGAGUCGGCACUAAACUGGAUGGAUUCCUACUUUGCUUGGAUCUCUUUCGACGGCGGUUGCUGUGGUUACUACAACACGACCACACCUUCUGACCCAGUCAUGUGCGAUAAACCAGAACUUGGAACGGAAUGUCUCCCGUGCAUCCCGACCAGUCGACCGAGUCCAACAGAGUUCCGUCAGUUCAUCAGAUUCUUUCUGGCGCAGAACCCGAACGCCACGUGUGCCUCGGCCGGACACGCUGCCUUUGGUGACGCUGUCAUACUCGAGGAAGACAACGAGACCACCUGGACGUCAAACGUGAUGACUUACCACGACAGUCUACAGACCUCCUCACAAUUCAUCAACGCCCUCAAGAGAGCUCGAGAGCUGAGUUCAAACGUGUCAGCAGAAUCUGGCGGAGUUCUCGACAUAUUCCCAUACUCCAUCUUCUACGUCUAUUACGAACAGUACUUGACCACUGUCAGAGAUAUGACUCUCAAUCUUGGCCUUGCUCUGGUUGCGGUCCUGCUGGUAUCGUUCUUUCUCAUGGGACUGAACCUGUGGGCGGCCCUGGUCAUAGUCGGUACGGUAGCGAGCAUCAUUCUACACAUGCUGGGCUCCAUGGCCGUUCUGGGGAUAAAUGCCAAUGCCGUUUCGCUCGUCAAUCUGGUCAUGACUGUUGGUAUUGCAGUGGAGUUCUGCGCCCACAUUGUCCGCUGGUUUGUCUCUUGUCACGAGAGGUCGAGAGUCGAAAGAGCAGAAUCAUCUCUUCGCCACAUGGGAGCCUCCGUAUUCAGCGGUAUCACGGUGACAAAGUUCCUGGGGGUCUUUGUGUUGCUAUUCGCCAAGUCUCAGUUGUUUGAGGUCUACUAUUUCAGGAUGUACAUGUGCAUGCUGCUGUGGGGAGCUCUGCACGGGCUGGUACUGCUACCUGUUGUCCUUAGUUACAUCGGCCCUCCCUACUGCCCCAACAGGACGAAGUCCCCCUAUAAUGACUCUCGUCUUGGUCAGAUCCCAGCUGUCCCUACCAACACAGCAGACCAGAAAAACCAGCCUGUAACCAGUUACGAUCCUGCUGCUCCGCCUACUGAUCCACCCAGUUAUGGAGGGUAUCUUGCAGCCACGCCCACAACUAACGGAGGGGGCGGUGGCCGGCUGUACCCUGACCUCUGGGACGGAGCCGGAGAGUAUCCCGUGGCAACACGACCACGAGAUGGGUGUAACCAGCCGAACGAGACCUCGGCACUUCUAAACUGACAGAACAAAAAAAUUAAUGUGUGUCUUGAGACUCCAUAAGUGUGGCUAUUUCACUCCUUGAACGUGUGCAUAUCGUGCAGUGUUUUAUUGGCAUAAUAGUAUGUAAUUGAACUGUGCAAACUUAUUAAUUAUUUGUCUUGUGGAAUCAAUUCACAACAAAAAGUUAAAAAAUAGCUCAUCUUAUCUUUACACCAAAUAAAACAUCACACACAUACAUGUACAUAUGCACAAAUAAUGUCACAAUAGUUUACAGCCAGCUCCUUUGAUAGUACAGGCUUGGCCCGUAUUCAUUCCGGUCCAUCCCAUCCACAAAUGGGAUACCAACUGGUCCACCCCCGGUGGAGCAGACGCAGUCGUCGUCGUGGUUACAGCAGGGGGCGACUUUCUCGGUCCAGUCCAUGUCGUCGAGCUGGGCCUUGGGCGGUGUUCCGAUGGACUGAGUGUGCUCCUUGAUUAUUGCGUCCAAUUCUUCCAGGAGUCCCGUGUAAUCACUUGCAUCUAGCGGAAUAGCUUCAGAUGGAUCUUGUGCAAGAUUGUAGAGAAUGGGCGGAUUGUGGGUCUGA